AUGUGCACCAAUAACAAUUUGGGUAGGUUUUACGCUCUUCCAACGACUGUGGGAUACGAUGGGCACGAUUUGAGAUUCAAUAGGAAACCCAUGUUCUCCUUUGGCACGAAGAAGAAGCCAGAAAAGAUGAUCGGACGCGCUGCCCAAAUGCCUCUGGGAAUGGAUAGUAGCAACAUUACAAGGUUUGGAAAGCAGGAAGCUCCCAAGUUUAGCAUUGCAGGACGAAGAAACACUGUCAGCGAAGGAGCUCACAGUCCCGGUCCGGUAUAUUCGAUCAAUGACCGACUGACUAGGAAAUCUCCUCCUGCGUUCAGCAUAUCUGGCAGAACCAAGCAAUUCUCUGUUGAUAAAUCUCCCGGACCGAAAUAUGCCUUCAAUCCCAACACUGGAAAAUCCUCAACACCAUCAUUUUCUCUAGCAAGGCGUCUGCCCAUGAAACGGAAGACAAAAAUGCCGAGUCCUGCUGAAUAUCCGGCCCCAAAUUUGGAGAUAUUCCGACCGAGCGCCCCAAAAGUGUCAAUGAAAUUCCGCAGAGAUGGAAUUCACGGUGACAAAUCCACACCUGGGCCCAAAUAUUUUCCCUCAUUCAAAUCCUCAGCCAAGGCAUUCUCCUUCGGUGUGCGACAUCAUCCAUGUUCAGGACAAAUUAUGUCACCAGAGGAUGAAUAUUAAUGUGAAGAAAUUUAUUUCAAUAAAUUAUGCACUAUGAUUUCACAUAUAAAAACAAGAGUGCUGAAAAAUUGCAU